GAUACAUGAAAUGAUCAUUUUAACUCUCAAUUUAGCAAGGAUAUGACACUGGAGACCAAAUUAAUUGGUUUCAAACAUUUUACCUAAAUGUUAUCCAACCUUCUACCCAAAGUUCUUCGGCGACAGGUCCAUCACUAUAAGAGAAGAAAACAGUUGUGCAAGAUGUCUUUUAGUUCUAGUCAGUCAGAAUCAGGAAACCCUCUAAUCGGUGUAUGUCAGCUGACAUGUACAGCAGACAAAAAACAAAAUUUCCAGAUGGCAGAAUCACUGAUUAAAAGGGCUUCAAGCAGAGGAGCAAAGAUGAUUUUCCUGCCUGAAGCUGCAGAUUACAUUGGGGAGACUAAAUCUCAGAGCAUUGAGUUGGCGGAAACUUUGGAGGGGGAAACCAUAUCCCGAUACAGAGACCUCGCCAGGGAGGAGUCAAUCUGGCUGUCUUUGGGGGGAUUUCACCAGAGGAGCAAGGAAGAAAAGGAUAGCAGGGUUUUAAAUACACAUGUGAUAAUUGACAGUCAAGGUCAAAUCAAGGACACUUAUAGUAAGACACACUUGUUUGACCUUGACCUAGUGGGUCGUGUCAGACUGUGUGAGAGUGAUUAUACCAUUCCGGGGAAAGGAGUUACUCCCCCUGUAAAAACACCUGUAGGAAAUGUUGGCAUGGAAAUUUGUUAUGACUUGAGGUUUCCUGAGUUGUCAUUAGUUUUAGCCCAGCAGGGAGCGGACAUCUUGACCUUUCCCUCCGCCUUCACAGUGACCACUGGAAUGGCCCACUGGGAGGUGUUGCUUCGGAGUCGUGCAAUAGAGACCCAGUGUUAUGUUGUGGCAGCAGCCCAGACCGGGAAACACAACAACAAGCGGUCAUCUUAUGGUCAUUCCAUGGUUAUUGAUCCUUGGGGCACUGUUGUAGCCCAGUGCAGUGAUGGAGUGGACGUCUGUUUUGCUGAAAUCAAUUUGAAUCACCUACGGAAAAUCCGAGAGGAGAUGCCUGUAAUGUCACAUAGGAGGCCGGAUUUAUAUGGAGUUUUACAGUCUUACAGCAAAGGAGAUAUAGAUGGGACCCCUCACUAUCAGUUUGGUCAGCAUGCUGUAGGAUGUGGACAAGUUUUUUAUAAAACUGCUCUAAGUUUUGCAUUUGUCAACAUUAAACCAGUGUUCGGUGCAUAUGUCCUUGUAUCUUCCCUUCGUCCAGUCAAACGUUUCAGUGACCUCACACAAGCUGAGUUAGCAGAUCUGUCACUUUGUGUUCAGAAAGUAAGCAGGGUUGUAGAGAAACAUUUUAAUGGAACCUCAGUCACCAUCGCUGUGCAGGAUGGAGCGGAUGCCGGACAAACUGUUGAGCAUGUCCAUGUUCACAUCUUGCCAAGGAAGCCAGCAGAUAUUCCUAAUAAUGAUGAUAUCUACAGAGAGCUGGCUCACCAUGAUGAAGAUAUGACCUCUAACCUCCGAACUGAGGAGGAAAUGAACCAUGAAGCUGCAGCCCUGAGACCCUACUUCCUGUAGAAAUACAACUCAAGAGAGAACUGUUGAGCAAAUGCAGAUUUCUUCUAAGCAGAUUUUUCUUCCAUUCUUACCGGCUUGAAGUAAUCAGAGAUCAAAUGUAUUCUACAAAGCAGACAAUAUUUAUUUGCGAUGUUUUUAUGCUUUUUGUUGUUGUUGUUGUUGAUUCAUAUUCACUCAGAUACAACAAUGUAUAUAUUUGUACUGUAAUGAACAUUAAAGAGUUUUGUAAAUGUA